AUGGAUCUCCUCUUGGCCGGCUACGGCAGCAGCGACGACGAAGAUGAGACACAGAAGGAAGAUGUGCAAGCCGCAGCUGAGGCAAGCAUCACAAAGGAUGAAACUUCGAAGGGCAAGGGGAAGCGCACGGUCUCGCUGAUGCUGCCCAUCUCCAAGGAGGCCCUGCGAGGCAAGUACGAGGACGAGUUCAUGCACCAGAGCGGACCCGCCCUCCCCGAGGCACCCAAGCCGUCGGGCCUCUCUGCGCUCCUGCCGGCACCGAAGAACCCCACCCCAGCCAAGCGCCAGCGCAUGGCCACCCCGGCCGCAGUGGUCCGACGUCAGAUGGAGAACGCGGAGGACAAGAGCGACUCGAGCACAAGCACGCCGAGUAGCGACAAAGGUGAAGCGGCAAAGCCCGCAGCAUCGACAACAACAGGAAACGAGGGACAGGGCGCCCCUCGACAGCCGCCGCUAGAGUACGCUGCCGCAGGCACAUACGACGCCGCCGCAUACGGGGCCUACCCGGGCUACGAGGCCUACUACCAAUACGGCUACCAGCAACAGGGAUACGCGCAGGCCGGGUGGGACUAUUCUCAGCAGCAGCAAGCGCAGCCUCAGGCCUCGUUGGGCGACUUGCCGGAGCCUCCACCAGAGGUCUGCAGCAUCUUCACAACUCUUCUCGAUCACCUGGCUUUUACGCGAGAAUGGGAGCACCUGACGAAGGGCGCCAAGAUCGUGGACGUGAGCCAGGCCCAGAUCACCGACAAGACCGGCUGGAGCAAGGAGUUCAUCCAGGAGAACCUCGCCAAGGCCACUUCGAGUGUGUCGGCCAAGGAUCGUCCGAUGGGAAUGCAGAAGCGCAAGCACCAGAUCACGUCGCUCGCCUACGAGGCCAAGCAGAGGGAGAUGGAGCUCCUCAACCAGCGCGCCAACGCCCGGAAGACAAAGUCCGAGACCUGGGGCAAGUACGGGUGGUAA